UCAAAGGAAUCCGAUAACCUCACAACCCCUUUCCUUAGAACUCGAGAAUCCAGUCCAAGUCGCUACCCACCGCGAUGCCUGGCUCAACCGCCCAAUCUGGGAAUGGAAUAGAUGAACCACCCUGCCUCCCUUUGAUCCCUUGCCCCAGGUGUGGCCGUGCAGAGCUCAUCUCCAACUUCCAACGUCGAGCUGGGCCGAGGAGGGGGCAACGCUUCUACAAGUGCCAGAUUGAGGAGGUCGAGGGAGGGUGCGGCUACUUUGCAUGGGAGGCAGAGUACAAGGCGCUUCUUGAUAGGAUCGCCGAUGGCGCCGGUCUUCGUCAAGCACGCCAGAUACCUGCAGUUGUUCUUGAUGGCCGUGUGGCAUUUCAGCAGCCAAGGGCCACCAUAGCACUGCAGCAUGGGAACCGAAUCAAGAGCCUGAUUGUCGGACCAGUGGCACCUGAGGUACCACUGCUGCGCAACGCGCAGGUCUUUUUCCCGGGUUCCCGGGAAGGUCUCAUCCUGGGGAGCGUCUAUGAGCUCCCCAGCCAGCUACCAGCCUGAAAGGGGCUAGCGGGGCUUCGGAAAAUAU